AUGUUAAUUGAACAAGGUGAACCAAAGAUCAUUGUGGCAGUUCGUAAAAGACCAUUGAAUAAGAAAGAAAUCAAUAAAGGUGAUAUUGAUAUUGUCGAUGUCUUAAAUUAAUAGAGCUAAGUGAUUGUCAAAGAAUAAAGAACCAAAGUUGAUCUCACCAAAUAUAUUGAAGAGCAUUAAUUUAAUUUUGAUGCAGCCUUCGAUGAAAAUACAACUAAUGAAUAAUUAUAUUUGCAAAUUGUGCGACCCAUCGUUGAAGCAGCAUUUAAUAAGGCAAAAGUAACAUGUUUUGCUUAUGGAUAAACAGGCUCUGGCAAAACUUACACCAUGUUAGGUGAUUAUCAGGAAAGAGUUCCAGGAUUAUAUUUAUUGGCAGCAUAUGACAUUUUUUGUUUACUAAAUAAUGAAUGUUAUGGCCAUCUUCAAAUUGCAAUCUCUUUUUAUGAAAUCUAUUGUGGCAAGUUAUUCGAUCUCCUAAAUGAAAGAUCACUACUUCAACCAAGAGAAGACGCCAAAGGUAAUGUCAAUAUAGUUGGUUUACAAGAAAGAAAAGUACAAUCAGUAGAAUAACUUAUGAAAGUUAUUGAACAAGGAAGUUCCUCUAGAAUUACAGCAUCUAACUCAUCUAAUAGUGAUUCCUCUAGAUCUCAUGCCAUUUUAUAAAUCACACUAAAAGAUGGCUCUAGAUCUCAUGGCAAAUUGUCAUUCAUUGAUUUGGCAGGAAGUGAAAGAGGAGCUGAUGUAAGUGAUACUAACAAAUAAACAAGAUUUGAUGGUGCUGAAAUUAAUAAGUCUUUAUUAGCAUUAAAAGAAUGCAUAAGAGCCUUAGAUUUGAAUAAAAAUCAUACUCCUUUCAGAGGAUCCAAGUUAACCUUAGUUUUAAAGGAUUCCUUCAUUGGGAAUUGUAAAACAGUAAUGAUUGGUAAUUUCUCACCGUCCAAUUCAUCCUCUGAACAUACUCUAAAUACAUUAAGAUAUGCUGAUAGAGUAAAAGAACUUAAAAAACCAAAUGAUAAAGAAUUGAAAGAUUAAGUUACCUCAUUAGAUAAAUUGGCAAGAGAAUUAAUGUUGCCGAGGUAAUAAUAACAAGUUAAGAUGUAGAAAUAGUCUUAAAAUUCAUAAUAAUUAUAAUAAUAGCCAUAAUUCAAUCCAUUUAAAAACAAUCCUUUACAAAAUUAUUAAAAUUAAAAUCUAUUUUAAUAACCUUAAUUAUUAAAUUUACAAAACUCUGAGCCUAGGAUGAUGAUAUCCUAAUAAUCCCAAUAGCAUACUUAUUCGUUUUAAAAUUUUGUGUAACCUCCUCCUCCACAACCAUAACCAGUUCUACCUUUAUAAUAAUAGUAAUAACCAUAAUUCAAAAUCAAUGAUUCAAAAAAUAAAUAGUCAUUAAGUAAACCGGCUACUUAAAUGUAAGAGCCAAGAUCUUAUUUGAAUGAGAAUCUAUUUCCAGGAUAAAUAGAAAGAAAAUCAAAAAUUAAUUAAUCAACUGAAGAUGAUUUAAUGAAAAUAGGUUAAAAACAUGAAUAACUAAUAAGCGUAAUACUUGAAGAAGAAGAAAACUUAAUUUCCAGUCACAGAUCUCACAUUGAUUAGAUGGUGGAAUUAGUGAAAUAAGAAAUGAUGUUAUUACAUAAUAUAGACAAACCUGGAUCAGAUGUAGAUGAAUAUGUAAAAGGACUUGAAUAAAUAUUGUUGACGAAGAUAGACGAAAUUUAAACAUUAUAAUCGCAAUUAUCAACGUUUAAAUCUCAUUUGUCUGAAGAGGAAACUCUGUAGAAGCAAUUCUAUUAAUAAAGAUAAUAAAUAUCUUAAUAAGAAAUAGAGUGUUCCGAUAUUUUUAAGUGA